AUGAAUAAUAAAAUUAAACAUGGUGAUGGAACACCUCGAUUUGCUAAUUAUAUUCAAGAUCAUAUGGUAUUACAACGAGCUCCUCAACGAGCUGUUAUAUGGGGUUUUGGUGAUGCUAGUAAAUUAACGACAUUACGAAUGAAUAAUAAAAUCUAUGCUACCAUGAGUCGAGCUGAACCAGCAAAUGAUUUAGCUGAAAGUAUUUGGUCAAUUACAUUAGAACCAGUUUCUGAAGAAGGACCGUUUGAUAUUCAAGUUUCACAACCAUUAGCAAAUGGUACACUUGUUACUAUUACUAUUCAUGAUGUAUUAUUCGGUGAUGUUUGGAUAUGUUCUGGACAAUCAAAUAUGCAAAUGGCAGUAAUAGAUAUAUUUAAUGCAACAGAAGAAAUUAAUAAUGCUGGCAAUUAUCCUAAAAUUCGAGUAUUUACUGCUGCAUUAAAACCAUCUGAUACUCCUAUAGAAGAAUUACUUGGUAUUGUUGAGAAUUGGUCUGUUGCAUCUUCACAAAGUAUUGGUGGACCAUCAUUUACGUAUAUGUCAGCUGUAUGUUGGCUUUAUGGUCGUGCGGUUCAUGAAGCAUUAGGUGGUCGACCAAUUGGACUUAUAGCCACUAGUUGGGGUGGUACAGCUAUUGAACUUUGGAUGCCGCCCGAAGCUUUACAUGAGUGUGGAAUUUCAUCAAACGUUGAAGUACCAUUACAACCUUAUGGUCAACCUAUGAAUGAAAUAUCACUUAGCAAUUCCAAUCUAUUCAAUGCAAUGAUUUAUCCAUUUACACGUAUGGUUGUUUAUGGUGCUAUUUGGUAUCAAGGUGAAGCAAAUGCUGGUUAUAAUACAGAAAAAUAUGCUUGUACAUUUUCAAAAAUGAUUCAAUCUUGGAGACAAACAUGGAAUCAACGUACAAAUCAGAUAACAGAUAUACAAUUUCCAUUUGGUUUUGUUCAAUUAUCAACAAAUACAAAUGAUAGUAGAGUAGUUGGCAAUUUUCCAAUUAUUCGAUGGCACCAAACAUUUGAUGUUGGUUAUGUACCUAAUAAUGUUGUUCCUAAAGUAUUUAUGGCAGUUGCUUUAGAUUUACGUGAUGAUCCUAAUAAUAUUCAUCCUCGAACUAAACAUGAUGUUGGCUAUCGUCUAUCUCGUGCAGGUUUAGCUAUUGCUUAUAAUCAACCAGUAGAAUAUCAAGGUCCAAUUGUAUCUAAUGUAGUUUAUGCAAGUGGUAGUCGAACUGUGAAUAUUACUUAUACUGGUGUACAAAAUAUUGAAUUACGAAAUCCAAAUGGAUUUGAAGUUUGUUGUCAAGGUUCUCGAUGUAGUGAUGAUAGUCUAUGGGUACCGGCUACUGUAUCUGCUAAAAAUGUCUUAACUAUUACAUUAAUUGUAUCAAGUUCAUGUGUUGGACAACAACUCUAUGGUCUUCGUUAUUUAUGGCGUGAAACACCAUGUGAAUUUAAACAAGCAGCUCUGUAUAGUUUUACAGAUCCGAAUUUACCUUCUCCACCAUAUAUGAAAUUAUUUUAA